AUGCCUUCUCCGUGUGGCCCCAGUUUCUAUAGCUAUGGACACAGACUCACACUGGUCCCGGACAAUGGAGGGGCCCUGCCACUCGCCCCUGCCAAAGCCCGCAGCUCUAUCCACCCCAUCCGGGCCGGUGCGGCGGAGCUGGGAUUUGCAGAGGGAGGGUGCUGGUGCCGCUGGAUCAGACAGACGGGGGGGUCCGGCUCGAGGAGAACAACAGAGCUUCACUUCAAACAACAAGGAUGCAACCUGCUGGCCCCACGAGCCGCCGCACAGGACCCACACAUCUGCUUUGAACUCCUGCUCCAGAAGUGA